AUGAAAGAAAUAAAAGUAACUAAUAUAAUGAAAAAAACCAUAUUUCUGAAAAAUUAAUAAUUUUAAAGUUAGUAUUAUUUAUUAGGAUGUUUUAAGGUUUUGGUUGGAUAAAGGUUUGGAUGGAUUUCGAAUAAAUGCCGCCGGAUGUUUGUACGAAAGACAAAAUUUAAUAGACGUACCUCUGAACCCAAAAAUCUCUGAAAAUCAACAAAGAUUUGGGUAUACAAAGUGUCUCGACGAAUCGUACGAUAAAAAUAUUGGAGAGUCGUAUAGACGAAUACAAUAA